UAUUCAAUUUGUUUAUCCCGGAGAGAGAUUAUUUAAAAAAUUGUACUUGUCCAAAAAUGACUUUAGAGGUAUUAAGCAGAUCACAAUCUAUUGUUUGAGGAUUUAAUUUUAAGAUAUUCAAAAAAUAUUAACAUUUUAUCAAAAUUUUUAUUUAAGAAACCGAUUUCAAACAUCGGUGAUUGAAGGAACAUAUUUUGCUUAAACUUGGCAUAUUCAGGUUCCACAAAGUUUUACGCAAAUUGGCAUAAUUACAAUAGAUAAGGUAAAUUUUAAGCAUUCUUAUUAAUGUAAGUGUUUUUCCAAAACAAACACUUUCGAAAUGUCGAGGCUUUUGGUAUAUUUUUUACUUGUUUCAACUCUGUGCAUUUUACAAGGUCAUGCACAGUUUAACUGCUAUACCUGUAUCGGUGGAGCAACCACCGGAUGUGCGCUAGUGCUAAGUAACGAUGAAGUUGAAAGGUGUUCAACACAAUGUACCGAAUCCUAUAUCGAAUAUCAAAAUGGGGCCUUGAAAUUAGUAGAGAGAAGAUGUUGGACUCCACCACAAAAUACCAAGUAUACUAAUUACUGUGACUGGCUUAGAAAUUCAAAUAUUACAAAAACCGCCAACGCCAAAAUUGUAAAUUGCAGAAUUUGCAAGUCCGAUAGAUGCAACGGAACAAAGAAUUUAGCUCCAAAACCCCGUACUUGCGUUUAUGGAGCUUUAUAGAUGGCUAUUUGAUUUAUUUUGAUUCUGCAUCAAAUGGUAUAAUAUUAUGUUGUUAAAAUAUAAUGUAAGAGCGUUUGCUUACAAUAUAAACAGUAGGUGUUUUUAUUUCGUAA